UAGGAUUUUUAUGUUAUGGUCUUUCAUUCAAAUAUGAUCUGGGGACAUUCUUUGUCAUGGCUUCUUGAUGAUUAGUGAUGGAAAAGUCCGCCUUGAAUUUGGCACAUGAAAAGCAGAGGAGAGCGGAAGCAUUACUGCGAGAGGGAAAGUUCGAGGAAGCAGCCGAAUGUCACGAAACUGUCGCUGAUCUUUUAGCAAAAGCUCAUGAACAACUUGAAUCCAGUCUUAUCCAUGUACAUGCAUCCACCUUAUCUUCUCAAGACUCGUCAAAGUUUCUGACACCAAUUCAUUCGCUUGUCACACUGGAGUCCCUCAAUCUACAACGAGAUUAUCACAAGAGACAAGCAGCUGUUGUCAGAAUGAAACAAGCACAAUAUGAGGAAUAUAAAACGACAUUAGAGAAUCAUCAGAAAGAUCUUCUAAAUAAACAUGCAGCUAGAUACAGCGAAAAAGACAAUUGUACAGAUAUAAGAAUCAACAAGUUUGAUGGUUCCUUACGUCAAGCUAUAUACAAAACUAUUGACGAACAGGAUAGUCUUCUGAGUUUAAUAGAAAUCAAAGUACCUAGUACUGAAGAAAAAAGUUUCAAACAUCCAAAAGACACUGGCACUGUUUUAGAAGAGCUGAGAACUGUUAACAGCCAAUUACGAUCUCUAGUAGGAAGUUUACUUAGCCAAUUAGAAGCAAAAGAAGAAGAGGUACGCCAAUUAACUGAGCGUCUAUAUGCUGUCUCUGCCAAUUCUAACAAUGAUAUCAGAUCAGAAGAACAUCCUUUGUGUCUUGAUCCUCUACCUCCUUUAACACCUCUUGAAAUGCCACUUUUCGAUUUUACAUCUUCAUAAAACCCAAGUUUUCUAUAUCUUAAUACACUUUGAAAAGAUUUGAAAAAAUUUUGAAGCAAAAACAAUAUCAAAUUAUGAUUAUAGCACUAAAAGAUAAUGCAGGGAGCAUUGUACUUUUAAGUAUAUCACUAUUUUGGUGAAUAUAUAUAAUUGUAAAUUUUAUAUAAACAUAAAUAUGUAGUAAGUUAUAUUUUUGUUGUCACAAAUUUGGAUGUGAAGUGUAUGCUGAAAAGAAAUAUUCAUAUAUACAUAGUGUGCCUCUUUAAUCUAAGUUAAGAAUUAGUUUAAAAGGUCGAUUAUGUAUUGAAUCAGAGUGAAAAAUCGAUAUUGAAAGAAUCGAUAAUAAUGUGAAGAUUAUUCACAUGUUUGAAAUUAGUUUGAAAUAUUAAUCCUCUGUGAUCUAUAUUAAAUGCAAAUAAAAUUCGUGUUCAGG